AUGGACGUCAUCACAUUGAGUAGUGGGUAUGAAGCGACCUACGAUGCCAGUGAGCCAGGCGGUCGAAACAAGCUAAGCAGAUAUGUAAGCACCCUUCAGAAAGUGCUCGAUAACUCCUUAGACAACAUCAACACGUUGUACACCACGGGUUACUACGAAGGUGCAUCAGCAGCUAAGAUCUUACAUGAGAACAACGACGAUUUUCAUUACCAUUUUAAGAAUGUAGACAGUUCAGCAGUAGUUACACUGACUAGACAAUUGGUAGAGGGAGCUUUUCUCAGAUUGAAAGCUCAAUCACAUAAAAAAAGUAAAAGUCAAGCGUCAGCUGGCGCUCGCGCUCAAGGUGAAUCAUCCACACUCACAGCUCAAGGAACAGCAGGCCAUUUCUUGGAACCUAGUGUACCAUAUACUUCUGAACCGUUUGAUUUUCGACCUGGACAAGCACAAGCUUGGCCUCAAGGUUCUCUGGAUCCAAGACAUCAUACACCCCAACAAGGGUAUUAUGGUAGUCAACCUUCAGGGACUGGUCUUCCACCUCAACCACCAACAGGUUAUCCACCUACUCAACCUGGUUCUAACAACUACUCGUACGGUGAAGGUUCUCUUCUACCUAUACUACCCCCUGAUUACAAUCAGAUGCCUCCACCUCCAUCUGGUCAACCCGGAGGAUAUCCAUAUCAACACCAACAGCAAGACUAUUCAGGCUAUUACCAUGAUUAUGGUCAUGGUCAUGGUUCAGGUUAUGAUCCUUCGAGAUCCCGGCAAUAA